CAAACAAAGCUGGUUGGGCUCCCUCUCUGCAGUCACUCUGUCCGCUUCUGUCCGACAUCGCGCUACCCGAGACACGACUGAAAGUGAGAGAACUGUGCGCACCAUGGACAUGCCUGGGCCACUAAUCCAGAUCUUCGAGCAGCCCAAGCAGAGGGGAAUGCGCUUCAGAUACAAAUGUGAGGGUCGUUCUGCCGGCAGCAUCCCUGGCGAGAAGAGCUCCGACAACAACAGGACUUACCCCAGUCUGCAGAUCCAGAACUACUGCGGUAAAGGGAAGGUCCGUGUUUACCUGGUGACAAAGAACGAGCCCUACCGGCCACAUCCACACGACCUGGUGGGGAAGGACUGCAAAGACGGAUUCUACGAGGCCGAGUUUGGCCCCGACCGCAGAGUGAUAGCUUUCCAGAAUCUGGGAAUCCAGUGCGUGAGGAGAAGGGAGGUGAAAGAUGCCAUCCUUCAGAGGAUCACUAGAGGAAUUAACCCCUUCAAUGUGCCAAGGGAGCAGCUGAUGCAGACGGAGGAGUAUGACCUGAACGUGGUUCGCCUGUGCAUCCAGGUUUUCCUGCAAGAUGAGCAUGGCCACUACACCAGAGCACUCAACCCGAUCGUCACAAACCCCAUCUAUGACAACAGAGCCCCGAACACAGCUGAGCUGAGGAUUUGUCGGGUCAACAGGAACAGUGGAAGUGUUAAAGGAGGUGAUGAGAUCUUCCUGCUGUGUGACAAAGUACAAAAAGAUGACAUUGAGGUGAGAUUCUUCUCAUCUAAUGGAUGGGAGGCCAGAGGUUCUUUUUCCCAGGCUGACGUUCAUCGUCAAGUGGCGAUUGUGUUCAAGACUCCGCAGUACUUUAACACCAACAUAACCGAGUCGGUGACUGUGCAGAUGCAGUUGCGCCGACCCUCGGAUCAGGAAGUGAGUGAACCGAUGGAUUUCAGAUAUCUCCCUGAAAACAAAGAUCCUUACGGCUACAAUGAGAAAAAACGCAAAAUUGAGGACUUGUUUAGGAGAUCUGGAUUUACAGGUGGUUCUAUAACUGGUCUUGCAAUGGGCAGGCCAAAGGCCGUGCCAGUUAGUGGAAUGCCUCACAUGAGAAAAGACCAUAACAGCAUGUACAUGAGGCAACAGCCCCAUACGAUGCAACAACAGACCGCAUUAUUCAACCCAUCCUUCCAACGGGCAGAUCAGUCCACCAGUGCCAUGAUGACAUCCCAGGCUCAUAAUUUACCACUUGGGAGUUCAUGGGCUAACCACAACCCCACCAUCUCAAUGGACACGGUCACCAUAAACCCAUCAGGAUCAAUGAGCAACUACCCGAACAGCAGCAGGCAGCACCAGUCGAACCAUGGAUCUGGAUACACCCAGAAACUGGAUCACACAAGCUGUGAAAACAACGCCCUCCCGCAGCUCUCCAUCGGGGAUUUGCAGUGUCUGGAUACAGGUACUCAGGCAAAUGUGAUGAACCCGCAAGAGUCUCAGCCAAUGUUCCAGCAACAGCAUCAAAGAGAGGAUCUUAACUCUGACACCCAGAACCAAAUGGCCAACCAGAACCAAGGUAUUCAGAAUAUGUGGCAAGGCUUUAGUACCAUCCAUACAGUCCACAAUAACGGCAACAACUUCAGUGGAUCAGGACCUGGAGGUGGGCCCCAGGGCUUUGGCUCCCUCUCCUUCCUGGACACGUCGUCAGGGGAUGAUUUCAUCAAGAACAUUGUUGGAGGGACUAGUUUCCAGUGUAAGCAGGAGCCCCAGGUCUCUGUUGGACAAGAUGGAAGCAGCACUCUAAUGCAGUCCCAGAGAGAGAGCCAUGGAAAUACUUACACCAACCUGCUCCCUCGUCCCAUGAGCAACGGUGCCAAUAUGGAUCACAGACGGCAAGAUGUCAGUGGCAUCACACAGCCUCUUACAAAUCUCCAGAUGCCCUUUGGGAGCAACAGCGUCACCCAAGAGGGCCACUAUGCAAAUCUGGCUGACUGGUUUAAAUCUUCGACGAGUAAAUAAGAUUGAAAUAAUUUGGUAUCAAGAGAUUUUCCAAAGCCAGAGUUUUUUUGCAAAGCAUUUUUUGCGAAGCCCGUGAGGCUCGUCUGGCAUCAGCUUGGGUUGUUACAGAAGCUGUUAGAUGACCAGCCUUCGCAGCCAGUUUGGCAUAGAGCCAGACAUUACUUUAAAAUUACACAGUUUAUCGUUAUGGAAGAGCUUUUCAGCAAAUCAUGCUAGAUAUUAGGUCGACUUCAAUUUUAGAUAUUUUCCUUUGAACUGAUCUAGCUUACAGCAAGCGGAAUUUUCAAAUUUAGAUGAUUAGCAAUGCUGGAGAGGAUGCAGAACUGGGUCUCUGCAGUUUGUCAUCGGCUCUUGCUUCCAGCUGCUGGUGUUUUGGGAACGUGUUAGCAUAGGCGGGCUAGCAUGACUUAAGAUGGUUUUUGUAAGAUACGAAAAUAUAAACGGACUAACCGUUCUUUACACUGUAUUGGUGAGCUGGUCUAACAGCCUUCAAGCCAAAGUCAAAUGUUUGAAGAAGUGAAUGUACUUUCUUUCUUUUUUUUCCUGUCUUAAGCGAAGUUGAACUUUUGUAAGCAUAUCAAGUGCUAAAUGAUAUGUGGAAUUUUUUUAAGUUUAUAUUAUAUAUAUAUGUAAAUAUAAAUAAUAUCUCUUAAUUUCUUUGGAUGUUACUGAAAGUACAUUGAUGCUGGUUUAUAUAUUUUUUAUUGCAGAGCAUUGCUGUUAGGUGCACUCUGUCCAUACAGGUUAGCCACAUUUGAGAGUAAAAGCAGUAAUUGUACUGAAACACUCAAGAACUGGCAAGGUACUGAAAUUUCCAUUGAGGAAAUGGAGGAAGGCACAGUCAGUGGUGUCUCUUCUUUGUAAUGACUAUGUCAUAUCAGUGAUUGCAUGUGUUAUUCAGAGUUCUCAGAGCAUUUCUAACAUGUGUUUUUCUACUUUCAAAUGCCACUUGUAUGUUUCAUUGUUUUGGUUUAUUCGGUUGAAUGUUUUAGUGAUGUUUCCUGAAGGCAUCCUGUUUAUGAUAAUUGUGACCAAUGGGAUGUUGCUUUCUUUCUUGCUGCCUUACAGUGGGUUUUGGGGGCUUAAUUGGAAGCAUCUAUUUUGAUGAACACUGUCAAAGAUUUGAUCAUUAACUGAUUUGUGGUUUUGUAAACUUUAAUU